AGGGUUUUGCAACUCACAAUCGCCGAACGUAACCAAAAACCAACCAACACCAUGGGACGAAGACCAGCGAGAUGUUACCGUCAGAUCAAGGGCAAACCCUACCCGAAAUCCCGCUACUGCCGCGGUGUCCCGGACCCCAAGAUCCGAAUCUACGACGUGGGAAUGAAGAAGAAAGGAGUCGACGAGUUCCCAUUCUGCGUCCACCUCGUCUCCUGGGAGAAGGAGAACGUCUCCAGCGAAGCCCUCGAGGCGGCGCGUAUCGCUUGCAACAAGUACAUGGUGAAAUCAGCGGGGAAAGAUGCGUUCCAUUUGAGGAUUAGGGUUCAUCCUUUCCAUGUGCUGAGGAUUAACAAGAUGCUUUCGUGCGCCGGAGCUGAUAGGCUUCAGACUGGUAUGAGAGGGGCGUUUGGGAAGGCGUUGGGGACUUGCGCUAGGGUUGCGAUUGGGCAGGUGCUUUUGUCUGUGAGGUGUAAGGAUAAUCAUGGGGCUCAUGCUCAGGAGGCGUUGAGGAGGGCUAAGUUUAAGUUCCCUGGCCGUCAGAAGAUUAUUGUUAGCAGGAAAUGGGGAUUCACUAAGUUCAACCGUGCUGAUUACACGAGGUUGAGACAGUCGAAGAGGAUUGUUCCUGAUGGUGUUAACGCUAAGUUUCUGUCGAACCAUGGUCCGUUGGCUAACCGUCAGCCUGGAAGUGCCUUCAUAUCAGCCACCAGCGAUUAAGAAUGAUGAUGAUUUGUGAUUGUCGACCUGAGAAUCUAGUUUCUGAAGUGUUUUGUUUUGUUUUUGUUGUAACAGUUGAAAACUUGGUUCAUCGUAUGAUUACAUUUUGGUUGGACAAAUGUUUUAAGUUAUUAUUAUCUCAGCCUCUAGUUUAUCUACUUUGCUUCUCAUUUCAUUACCGGUUAUAUAUAUGUCUGGUUCUUAGGAUUUAUAUCGAAUCAUCAUAGGCUUGCAUGAUGAUUAGUGUAUCGUUGGUAAACAAAUUCAAAG